CAGUCAUAAAUGGUUGUUGUCGGUAUUUGUAACGGUUGGAGAAGAUAAAAUUUAGUAAUGUAUUGGUAUUAUUCUGUUUCGAAAUACGGGGACUAGCCUCAUUACUAUCGCUUAAAUUGAAAAAAUGAAUUUUUGUUUGAAAACUGGUUUCGAGACUAUCUCGCCACCGAAAAGUGACUCAGUUCUGUGUUUUCUUUUGCAAGCGUGUGUACAACAAUAAGAUGGGCGAAAAACCAAAUAGAACAUUAACUGGCACGGCCGCUUCUGCUCCUAAGAUGCGGCUUUACGCAACUUGGGUUGAUAGGACCCCAUCAAAUUGUAUACCCAGGCUUUGCUCCUUAACACUUACAAGGCUUCAAAUCCUGAAACCCUUAGGUUCAGAAGUAGCCAGUAUAUCUGUGGCCGUAAAAAUUCAGUCGAGUAAACGCACAUUGAGAUCAAACGAGCUAAUUUUACAUCCCAAUGGAAGCUUUGAUAGUCCAUUAGAUGUAACAUUUUGCUUACAAUAUCCUCAUUAUCUAAAAAGGGAGGGUAACAAGCUGCAUCUUCUCUUGCAAAGAAGAAAGAAGUAUAAGAAUCGAACCAUAAUGGGAUUCAAAACUUUGGCCUCAGGCCUUAUCCGGAUGGACCAGGUCCUUCAAAAACCCAUGGACCUAGAAUUGGAAUUAACCUCCGACGCUGGCGGUAAAGACAAGGGUUCAAGCCCGCUGGCCCGACUACACAUAAUACAACUUAGUUCCACUCCCAUCGAUCAAGAUCAUAAGACUGACCGUGAUCACGACUUCAGUGAGGAGGAUGAUGAAAUAUCAUCGGGGGAGGAAGAACAGGGCGAUCUAUCCGAUAGCGAGCCGAUACGAAGAAAACUCCCGCAUACAAGACAUAAUUUGAAGCAGCGAUUUGUGUCGUUGUUGCGACGGUUCCGUGUUCCUGAUACAGAAGGUGGCCGGGGGGCUGACCUAGACAACCCAAGUGAUAUUCAAGCGCUGUUUCAAGAGUUAGAGUCGUUAAGUUGUGAUGAAGAUUCCGGUGCCGAGCAAGACACUAUGUCCAUUUCCAGUACACCGAAACCUAGUUUGCGUCCAUUUUUUAGCAGUAGUCGAAGUUUGUUGGACUCCAGUAAUAUACCAUUUAUUGAAGCUGAAAAGGUUGCAGAAGAAAAAACAUGUUCUGGCAGUGAUGGCAAUGCAGAUAUUUGUUUCACUGAUCCAGAAGCGCAGAGUGAUCCACAGACAGGAUCACCUCCAAGAGAACAAUCUGCCGGUUCACGCAAACACACGGCCGAGAAUGACUUUUCGAAUAUUAUGCAGGAGCUUAGCGAGAAAAAAUCUAAAUUGUUCAGGUCUUCAGCGUCGUCUGCCAAGAAAAAGAAUUCGCUUAGUGUGAGCUCUGACACGCCUGUUCCUGAAGUUACAGUGCGUAAAGGUUUUCUUGAUCAAAUAUCGAGGAUAUUACCAGCAGAGGAAAACAUACUUCCGGAGUAUGUAACAUUUCUAUGCGCCCCAGAAAACAUAGCAAGUGUGGUUGUGAGCCGUUUAAGUCCGCAUCAUAAAAUUUUUCAACCUAUAUCUGCUGUGGAAGUAAAAGCUGUGAUUGGCGCCCUUUUCUUGAAAAUACAUAAAUAUUGCAAUAGUUGCGCUAAACCAGGGAGUGCCGUAAAGUUAGUGUUGAUGGGUGGUGAUACAUUAAUAGGGUGGUUUGUGAGACCCUAUGUGGAGAUUCUAUCAAGUAAACCGUCCGAAUGGUUAUCCUACACCCGUAUAUUUGUUGUACCUAUAGGAAUUUGUGGCGUUAGCAGACAUUUGUCAACAUUGGAUCAAGCAUAUAUGUCAUUGUUUCCAGUUGAAGCAGAAUCAAAAGGCGACGAACUUAUACAGAGAUUGCUCAGAUACAUAUCAGUACCUUCGUCGGCGCCGCUUGCUCAUUUACCUAUUGGCGAAGCCAUGCUGACCUGUUACGAUGAAAAUAGUCAAGUCUUCAUUCCAUUUGUUAACGAAGUUAGAGUUGGUCCCGCAGAAAAUAUACUGUCAGUAUCUGUGGACAUGGAUGACAUUUGUUCAAGCCCACCGGCACCUUCUGUCACUCCUCCUUCCUCUCCUAAUGUCCAGGUUCGCGAUUCGCCAUGGGAACCACUCGAACUACAAAUCGAUUACUGGCAAUUGCCAAAAUUCUGUGAAACAGCAGCUAAGGCUGAUAAAGACAAAACUAAGCAAGAAGGAAAAGUAUCUUUGAAGAGCAUGUUUCGAGGUCUACAAGCCUCACCCACUCCUGCGUCUGGUCUAAGUCUAACUAUGCAUAUGGCAAGCAAGGAAAAGAAGCAGAAAAUUAUGAGACUAGGUAAAAAAAAGGAAAAGGAAAAGGAGGUUGAACCACGCAGUCAAAACGUGGAAGGGGUGUCGCGACUCAUAUGUUCUGCUCGUGCGUCUCAUACCUCUCCGCUAAAAGUGUAUAUCGAUGGAGUAGAGUAUAGCAAUGUGAAGUUCUUCCAGUUGAACUCAUCUUGGCAGACUCACGUUAAGAACCUUCCGGUAUCACUUAUUGGUGUUCCGUUGGCCAGCACCGAAAUGAACUGAGGUUAAACCCUAUCCGACACGCAGUCUCAACAACAGCAAGUAUUCCUAGAUAGUAAUUAAGUGUAGUGCGUUACUUGGUCUAAUGAAAACAAUUCUUAUUGAUGCAGUGCAACGACUAGGACAUCUAUUCAUUCAUUCAUUCAUAGCAGCAUUAAUAGUAAAUCAACGUGAUAUGGGAUUGAUAUAUCCAAAAUGAUAAAUUAUAUUGUUCAAUUAGGUAAAGCUCCUCCACCCAUGUUAUGAGAUAAUACUUAGGAAAAUAUACUUUCCUGUGAUGAAAUUAUCUGAGGUUAAAACUGAGCUGAAGACUUAUUUCAUUAGAUCAAUUUUUACAUAUAAAAAAUGUUCGUGCUAUUUAUUCAAUUUUGCUUCGCUUCCCGUUUUAGUAACCAUAAUACAAGCGUUAAUGAUUGCUUCUAGUCAUGGGUUGUAUGCCCGGCGCUGACAAUAUAAUAUUUUGUUAAAGCUCAAAAACUAAUAAAAGUAUAUACAUAUACCUUUAAUGAAGAAAUUAUAGACUUAAUGUUAAGAAUACUCUGUAUGUGAUAUAGUUGUAGUAGUUGUAACUUCAUAUCAAGGGUAAGCUUGUAAGAAUUAGAGAUGUGUCCUAGAGGACAUUAGGCUGAAACUAAUAUUAAAAUAGAUACUUGCACUGGUAUUUUGAUUUGGUUUAGCUUUUUGUUUUUAGUACCGAAUGGAUUUGAUUAAGUUUGUAGUUGAACUAAUUGAAAGCAAAUGAAUUCGAACAUUAAAAAAAAUCAUGUCGAUAUUAAAAUUUGUAAAUUGAGAUUUUAGAUUUUCUUUAUUUUCGGACAUCGCUAUGAAACACAAAAAGUGUCCGAAAUUUGAAGCUGCCAACUUCAAAUUUGGCAGCUUAGCCUCAUGACGAAAAUUGGGUCGGGAAGUAUUUUAAAAAAAUUAAAAAUCGCGUUUAGAAGGGUCCAAGAAAAACGUCAAUUAUCCAAAAACCGUUUAUGCAAUCGAAAAAUUUCUUAAAGGAAAAGAUCCAUGAGAUUAAGUGGUAUUACCCUCUAUCCCUGAUAAUUUUCAAAAAUAUAGAGGGUAUGCCCGGUAUUACGCAAAAAACUGAAAAUUGGGGUCCCCUUAUAAUGGUGAUUGACGAUCAUUAAGAAGAGCGUGCUUCAGUUGACAGUUUCUUUUACAUGGUGAUAGAGACCGCAUAGACAGCUAAAACUUUUGCAUUUAAGGUUUUCAUCUAUUGUACAGGGUGUUCACUCUAUUCCAUGCUAGAAAUGUAGCAAGUGUCUUAAAUUUCAAGCUAUCAAUUUUCAAUUUAGCAGGGAGGUAGAAGUUAACACUUACAUUUAAACUGUUAAAACUGGUCGCCACUGAAUAUCGCGAAGUAUUAAAAAAAACGUUAUUUUGUCUCCCAAAAAAAAAUAUUUUCUCGAAAACUAUUAUCCCGAUCGGCAAAAUUCCUGAACCAAAGAACCCGGAAGAUUCGGUGCUAUAACUUUUAUUUCAAGCAUUUUUUCUAUUAUAUACAGGGUUUUUCAAUUAUAGACAAAAAUCUAAGACCCAUGAAAAUUGUUCUUUUCCAGAGUAAAUUAUUUGCCGAUAUGGUUAGUUGGUUUAGCGCCACAUCGAGAGCUAUAAUUGUUGUAUAUAUGCUUUCAUUACGCUACUCGAGAUAUUUAAAAAAAUCCAUAUGAAAAUCGCAAUUUCUAGCACUCAAUCUAGACGAAAUGACGUUAUUCACUAUUACGCUGUACUGCAUAGUUUCAGAAAAGAAUUCUUUUCUCGAAAACCAUUUGCUCUUUUGAAAAAAUUCAUGGACUAGGAAACGUGGGACAUUCAGGGCUAUAACCUUAACUUCGAUUAUUUUUUAAAUCAUAUAGAGGGUGUUUGGUUUAUGGGCAAAAAAUCUAAAAAAGCCUGGAAAUUCCGAUUUUUGUGGGUAAAUUAUUGGCUGUACUUGAAAAAUGUACAUUAGUUUAAGCAGUAUCGUAAACUGUGUCGAGAGCUACAAUUUUCUGAUUUACAAUUUUAUAUUUACUAAAGUUUUUUAUGAUUUUGAAUUUCGGCUGCUGUGAAAGGUACUUCAUACGGGGUGUGCGCAUAAUAAAAUAAUUUGCACCUUUUUUAUACUACACGGACCGCACAACAUUGGCGGACAUUUUCUUUUUCGAUUUUCGGCUCUUUUUUGAACAUCCCUAUGAAACAAAGUAAAAUUUGAAGCUUGAUUGGGAGCUGUGGGUGAUGAUUUGUAGGGGUUUGAACUAACAUUUGGAUCAAUAGUGUACCGUGACCAUUGGAUACAAUUUAAUGAGAGCUGCUCCAAUUCAUUUCGGAAAUAACCGGCUAAAUUUAGCAAAACACGCUGUUGUUUAUGUUAUAUGGUCCAGGCUCGUAAUUUCUACUUUUGAUUGGAAGCGCAAAAGUUGUAUUCUCCUUCUCCUCGAGCAACAGUCGUUCAAGCCAAAAAUAUUUUUUAAAGAUUGUAGCUGCAUUUUAGGUACUGUAAAACUUUUCAUUCAGAUUCGAUAAAUUUCAAUUUGGAAAAUAAAAGCUAGAUCGCAACGUUUUUAAAUUGCGACUAACAGUUCACUGGCAUGUUAAAAAAGGUGUUCCAAGUUGUUUACGGAAUGUGGUAAGUAAGCUUGUAAUGCCGUAUAAAAACUCAAUUGGAUUGUCGGCUGGAAAACACUCAAGACUCAUAUUAGGCAUACAUCUGAUUGAUAGAGAAAGUAUAUAUACGUCUAUGAAUCUUUUCCAAUUAUUUACGAAGUUUGGUAUAAAAUAUAAGUUUUACCCAAGUUUAAAGUAUUGAACUGAGGAGGCUUUUACUUCAUGAAAAUCCAUUUAUCAAAAUAAAUAAGAAUUAAAAGUUCAGAUUUUCACGAAAUUAUAUAUUUUGACAUGACAAUUGUUUCGACAACACUGUCUUUAUCAAAUAUCAACAUUUGAUAAAGACACGGUGUUGUCGAAACAAUUCUCAUGUCAAAAUAUAUAAUUUCGUGAAAAUCUGAACUUUUAGUUCUUAUUUAUUUUGAAGUUUAAAGUAGCUUUAAAUUUGACAAUAUCAAAAAAUGUUAUUAAAAAAAGUUGAUCAGAACUAAAAACUAACCUGGAAAAACAGAUCUGGUGGUGGUGGUGGCGCUUGCUUAAUAUUGUUUCUAUUUUUAAUGAACAUUCUCUUGGGAUAAAUGAAUAGAAAAAAAUAAAUACAAAUUUAAUUUUCACACAUCUUGUUCAAUGCAAAUCAACCUCUUGUUUCUACUCUUCUAGCAGAUCAAAAAAAAUCAGAUAACUGUGGAUAACGUUUCAUACGUUCAAGAUACAGACCACCAGUGAUAAUGUUGUGAUGCGACAGUUUUAUUAGACGAGAAUGUUGUCUCAUCAGAAAAAAAAGGGGUCAUCUAACUCUUUUCGGAUGAGCAUUGUCACAGUAUAUUUAUUUACAUUUUUUUGCAUUAACAGUUUGUGAGCGUUUACAUCAAACCUAUUUUCAAAACUUUCAGUAUUCUUGAAUGGAUUAAUUAUUUUCGUAACAGCUAAAUAGAUAAUCUUUUAAUUAGGAUGUCUAUUAUUAUUUUUUAUUAUUUUCUCCUACAAUCAAGACCUUCACUCCUUAACAACCCUAUUUAUGGCUAAAAUUCUUACACGUUUUGACGGUUACAGACAUUUGUUGCUAUCAAACAUUCGUUAUUUUGUUGGUCCAUCCUAGAUUACAAUAAAAUUGGAAUUUAUAACUAAAUAAAUUUUUUAGUUUUUACUUCUGAUCAACUUUUUUUAAAUAAAAUUUUUCGAUAUCGUCAACUUUAGUUGCAUCAAAAGUUUGUCGGAACCAACAAGACAAAAAUCAUAAUCGCAGCAAAAUGUUUUACCAGUAUUCGAGUUGUUUUCUUGCUUUUGUGGCCUUUUUCCGAAAUUUCACAAGUAUACCUACAGGGCGUUUCAAAAAACAUCUGCCUCACGUAAAAAUAAAACGUAUAGGUAACCUACGCGCCACUGACUUUUAUAGCAAAAUUAAGAAGGCUGUCUGUUGCCUGUUAAAAGCUACCUCGAGUUCGUUUGUCGAUUUCGACCUCUUUAAUGCGGUAAAUGCAAUUUUAUUUAUCUCUGUUCAUUUAUACCUAAUCCUCAAAAAAUCCUGAUCUAAAAGUUGUCAUUGUCAUUAACUUCCCAAAGUGUUGAAAAUUAAAAUUUUAAUAUUUUUUGUUUUUUAUAAAAACUCUUUAACUCUGUAGUUGAUAUAAAAAAGAGUCUUAUUUUUUCGUGAAGAACCAGCGAUGGCACAUGUUUUUUGAAACACCCCGUAUAAGGUUUAAAUUUGUUUGCAACGUAACCUUUUUCGCCGUUCGAGCACUCGUUAACUUAAAAUUUUUAAGUUUAUCACGCUGAAUUAUGGUAUUUAUUUGAAAAGAAUUAUAUUUUUGUUCUUUUAUAAGGUAGAUUAUAUAUUAUUGUUUUUGAUCGCGAAUUGUAGUUUUAUCUUGUUUCCACUGAUCUUCGCCGACAGCUUAUUAUUUGUGACUUCCUUAUUAGUAGAAUGUAAAUAUAUUUUUUCAUAAUUUUAUAUGAAGAAAAAGGCGGAAAAUUAUUUCAGCGUUCUUAAAAUUUUAAAUAAGUAUAAAUAUUAGAGUAUAAUAUUAGAAAUAUGCAGGAUUAAUAAAAUUUUGGGCAGUGGCGUAAAUUUAAUUGGUAAAAUUAAUUUUGAUGCUAUUAGGCAUCUUAAAAUUGAAAAAAAAAACACAAUGAACAUUAAAUUAUCUGAAUACAUUUGAAUUGUUAGAAGAUUUUGUUAAUCCUGUGUAGAUUUUCUAAUUUUAUGAUUGUGUAGACUGCAUUUUGGAAAUAAAUUGGUUAUUAGAUU